AUGACUAUCAUGCAGAGCCUGCGCAAGCGGCUUAGCUUUCGUAAGAAAAAAGACCAUGUCCCUGAAUGUUCAAAGCCACACCAGUGGCAGGAAGAUGAGAAAAAAGUACGGGAAGGAACCUGCAGCUUUCAAGUUAAGUAUUUGGGCUACAUUGAAGUUUUCGACUCCAGGGGAAUGCACAUCUGUGAGGAGGCGGUGAAGACGCUAAAAUCUCAAUGUAAGGGCAAGUACCAGAGAGCAGUACUUUAUGUCUCCGGAGAUGCCAUUCGAGUCGUGGAUGAGAUCAGCAAGAGCAUGAUUGUAGACCAGACUAUAGAAAAGGUGUCUUUCUGUGCACCUGAUCGCAGCCACGAAAAGGGCUUUGCAUAUAUUUGUAGAGAUGGGACAACUAGAAGAUGGAUGUGCCAUGGUUUCCUAGCAACUAAAGAGUCAGUAAGUGGUGAGCGGUUAAGCCAUGCAGUGGGAUGUGCUUUUGCAAUCUGUCUGGAGAAGAAGCAGAAGAGGGACAAGGAGACAGGGGUGACCGUCACCUUCAACCAAUCACGGACAAGUUUUGAACGCACAGGCUCAUUCAGGCAAACCACCCUGACAGAGAAAAUUUUUGACCCACAGAGUGCUAUUGUGGCUGAGCCUGUACCAAUGAGAGCAGCCAGCAACCCGUAUGCAGUGCAGCGACCCCAUGCCACUGCCAACCUGUUAGAGCGCCAGGGCUCAUUCCGAGGCUUCCAGAAGCUUCAGGAGAUCUCUUCACCUUUCAAGAGGACAUUGUCACUUCGAUUGAAUGAGCUGCCGUCUACCUUGCAAAGACAGAAUGCUGUCACGGUGUCACCCACACAGAAUGGACAUGGUGUUACUUCAACCAUCCACGAAGUGUCCCAGGAACAAGAAGAUUCUAUAGCACAGAUGUGCCAACAGUUGACGCAAGGCUUAACAGCACUUACCUCUGAGGACCCUUUUGCAGCUGUUCCCAACCAAGGGAGUGUCCGGACACACACACUUGUACACCAGAGUUCUCUCCCCACUCCUUCAAGCACCCAAGCAGUGCUGACAAGGCAGCAGACCUUACCAGGUUCACAGACUUUCCAGCCAGCCAGCCAAGCAGUGACAAACCCAUGGGUCAGUGGCACCAACAGCUCCCAGCUCAACCACACCACCUACAGAGCAUCGACGGCCCAUUCUGCAGUGACCAAACCGACCACCACACAGAGCAGCAACCCCUUUUCUGCAGCUGCCCCAUCUAACCCUUCCCUAACCAUGCUUAACGGAUCUCGACAAACAGUUCAUCCAUCAGCGCAAAGCUCACACAGCCAGCAGCAGCAGCUUCAUCAGAAGUUUCAGAAUACCAUCACUCAUUUCCGCAGCCCUUUUACAGACACUGAUACCACAGUGGAUACAAACUGGCAGCAGACCAGUCAGGGUUUUAAACCACACGGCAUCCAGAACGGCACUGUGGGAUCCGCAUCAGCAGUUUCCAGUUCCUCAAACUCUUGGCCUCUCAAAGCACCCUCAGGUCCUCCCACCACAACCCAGACAUCUGUGAUUGACCCUUUCGAUGUGGCCUGGGCGGAAAGAUCCAUCAACACAUCAGACCUGAAUCCCUUUGGAACAAAGUCAAUGAAGCAGUUUGAAGUACAUUUGUAG